AUGAGCAGAGCGAGCAGCCGGGUUCCUUCGCCGCACGAUUCCGGCGUUCUCAUCCCGGGACUCGACUCCAUUUCAAACUCCAACGGCACAUCCACCAAUGCGGGAAACUCACGCCCCGAGUUCCAAGCCCAGCAACAACAAUAUCAGCAGCAGCCACAAUAUGAAGAGUAUGGCAUCAGCUCCAUGAUUUCGGGCUGGUUUGGCCGGAGGUUCGGACCCUCGCGGUCCAAUUCACAGCUGAGCGCCGGCGCCGGCAGCAUGCAUAGCAGUCGUACAUUCCCUACCGACCACCCCUCGAGCUUCGGCGACGGCAUCAGCACACCCUUUACGCCUCCUCGGCCCUCUCGGUCGGCCAGCCCAUUCGUCAUGCCCGACUACGAGCCGCUGAUCUUGACCGGCUACCGCCAGGACACGGACCGCGGGGCCCAACUGCUGAGCACAAGCAUUGGCGAGGCGAUACGCAUGAAUUUCCCCGAGCGCCUGAGGAUAUGCGAGGAGUGGAAACUAGUCUACAGUUUAUACCAGAACGGCAGCUCAUUGUCGACCCUGUACAAGCUCUGCGAUGAGUUUAGAGGGCGGAGGGUAGGCUUUAUUCUAGUCGUGAGGGAUGGCUCUGGAGGUACGUUUGGUGCUUAUCUCACAGAAGCUCCGCACAUCGCAUCAGGCUAUUAUGGAAACGGAGAGUGCUUUCUGUGGAAAGCUUCAGUACAUGUCAGCUUGCCGCCUCCGCCAUCAGAUCCAAGUGCUGAUCUGCUCACCGGCACAUCCACAACUAUCCACUCGCCCACCUCGACCAGAUUCCCUUCCGAGCACCUGACGCCAGAAGCGCCAAGUCCACCAAACAACAAGCUGGAAGCAGCACAGAUGGAAGAUCACUCCAUACGUUUCCAGUACUUUCCAUAUGUGCCUCCAGAUGUGCGCCACGGCAAGCACGACGAGGGACCAGAAGAUCCCUGGGAGAUGUCGAGGGAUCGAGACCAGUUCUACUUUAUCAGCUCCGAGCGCUCAUUUCUCGCCCUCGGAGGUGGAGAGGGCCACGAUGCUCGUUAUGGACUCUGGUUAGACGACGGCUUCAACCGUGGUCAGAGUGCCAAGUGUGGCACCUUUGAGAACGAUCCUCUCAGUGACGAAGGAGAAAAGUUUGACAUUGUCGGUGUCGAACUCUGGGUCGUCGGUGCCACUUCAUGA